AUGAUAACAGGUUGUGGGAAUAGCACUGGUAAAAAUAACCAAGCGUCCCUAGAGGAAGUGUGUGACCUAUUGCAUGCGGCGCCAUUCCAAAAUAUACUGCCCAGAGUUCACGUCAAAGAGGGUGAAAGACUUGAUGCUAAAAUGAAGAGACUGGAAUCAAAAUAUGCUCCACUACAUUUGGUUCCUCUCAUUGAAAGACUAGGCACACCCCAGCAAAUAGCAAUCGCAAGGGAAGGGGACUUGCUGACCAAAGAACGCCUCUGCUGCGGUCUGUCCAUGUUUGAGGUUAUCCUCACGAGGAUCCGCUCCUUCCUGGAUGAUCCCAUCUGGCGUGGGCCACUGCCCAGCAACGGGGUGAUGCAUGUGGACGAGUGUGUGGAAUUCCAUCGCCUCUGGAGUGCCAUGCAGUUCGUCUACUGCAUCCCUGUGGGAACACACGAGUUCACUGUGGAGCAGUGCUUUGGAGAUGGUUUGCACUGGGCUGGCUGUAUGAUCAUUGUGCUUCUGGGACAGCAGCGUCGCUUUGAUGUAUUGGAUUUCUGCUACCACCUGUUGAAAGUCCAAAAGCACGAUGGCAAAGACGAGGUUAUAAAGAAUGUGCCUUUGAAGAAAAUGGUUGAGAGAAUUCGCAAGUUCCAGAUUCUGAAUGAUGAAAUAAUUGCUAUUUUGGACAAGUAUUUGAAGUCCGGUGACGGAGAGAGCACACCCGUGGAACACGUGCGCUGCUUCCAGCCACCUAUUCAUCAGUCCCUCGCCAGCAACUAGACUUCCCACCUAACGACACUUUUUGCACCUCUUUAGGCUAAAAGUAUGAGGAAGAAAAGCAACAAACAAACCCCACACCAACAGUUUUAAGGAAAUCUCUCGUCUGCAUUUUUCAGUUCGCCUGUGCCAUCUGAGUGGUGCCCUGUCCCCUCCAGUCUCCAAGCACAGUAACUGUAUACAAUCCAUACUUAUUUUUCUAGACUAAAAUUUUAUACACUUUGAUUAAAAACCUGUGACUAAAAGAUUUUUGCAAUCUCUUUGCAUUCCUGUACCGAGGUGGCCAUUUUAGGCUGGACUGGCAUCGUUUUCCCCCGAAGGUAUCAAAAAAAUAGCUGUGGAGGAUAAGAAACUGGGUUCUGUAGAAAAAAAUCUGUAGAAAUCAAUUCCUAAUUGUUUGUAUUGGAGCAUUAAUUGCUUAAUUAGCCUUUAUUAAAAAGAAACAACA